UCUCGCUGUUACACGUCAGAUAUAGGAACUUUAUAAGUUCAGGUGAAAAACUUUAUGUGAUGACUAAAGUAAAUAAUGAUUUUGAUACUCUUGAAGUUGAUUUUGAUGAAAUGAGAUGGGUGAAUUCGGAAAAGACAAUAGCAGAAUAUAAACUUUUUGUAAGUGACUUGAAGUGUGAUGCUGCUAUUAGGCCCGAUCCAUGGGCCCACCCUUGGACACAGUACGGGAGGAUUAAUCACGCUGAUUAUGGCAAUCAAAGUAAGGAGAAGGGCAAAUGUUUGACUACAUACAUGUGGUACUUCCCCCAUGAUUGCUUGAUUGAUAACAACGCUGAUACGGUGAAUGGUGCUUUGCUGAAUAUUCUUGACGAGUAGAGCAAGAAAGUGGGUAAUUCUUCUUCUGGUAGUUCAAG